AUGAGCAGUAUUAUCAAUUAUUCCAAAUUUGAUAAUAUCGAUGUAAGCUCAUCAGACGACGAAAGUAAAAAUAAAAAACCACAAAUAACAACACUAGGGAAAAAUGACAAAGUCCUUUUAGGGCCUAGAGGAUUAUCUAUUUUGAAAAAUGAGAAUGAACAGACACAAGACAAAGAUGCAGGGAAGAGCACGAAUCAGGAACAAAAUGAACCACCCAUUUGUAGUAAACAAUUCGAAGAUGUAGAAAAAAAUAUUAUCAAAAGGGACAACAAUAAUGAAAAUUUGAAAAAUAAAAGUAAUCUUAAAAAUAUGAUAAUAAAUGGAGGUGUUGUUCCCUAUAAAUAUUUAUGGAAUCAGUCAGCACAAGAUAUUAACGCAUAUAUCACUUUACCUUUACAUAGCAAAGCAAAAUCGUUAGUUGUGCAAAUAGAUGAAGAUAAAUUGGUUGUUAAAAAAAUUACAAAGCUGGAAACAUUUGAACAAAAUAAACAUAAGCAAAGCGGAAAUGGAACUCACAACAAUUGGGAACUCCUAAUUGAUAAACCAUUUCCCUUUAAAAUAAACACGAAUGAAGAUACCCAAUUGUGGGAAAUACAAAACCUAAAAAUCAAUUGGAAUAAUAUUUUUCAUCUUUCAAAUGAGGUAAAUAAUCAAAAUUUGCAUUUCGAUUUUGGAAACCAGUUAAUCGACAAGGAAGAAACAUUUUUAUAUAUUUCUUUAAAAAAAAAAAACGAAAUUGAAAAUUCAUACAUUUGGUGGUCAUGUUUAUUUAAGAAUGAUGAAACUAUAAACGUAUCAAAAUUGCCAACUCGUAAUUCGAUUAACAGAACAAAUAAUAGUAGCACAUCGUUUAAAAAUAUUUGGGAAGAAGCCCAUUUAAUUUUUAAAAAAAAUAUAGCCAAAAGGGAACUCCCCCGUCGCAUUGAUUCAUGA